AUGGUCGGAGAUGGUGUGAAUGACUCGCCAGCACUUGCUUCUGCUGAUGUUGGAAUUGCGAUCGCUGCUGGUAGCGAUGUUGCGAUUGAAAGCGCUGGGAUCGUGCUUGUUAGGAAUGAUCUUAUCGACGUUGUUGGUGCUAUAGAAUUAUCGAAGAAAACGACCAAUAGGAUAAGACUCAACUUCCUAUUUGCUAUCAUUUAUAAUGCCAUAGGCAUCCCAAUCGCGGCUGGUGUUUUCCGCCCCUUUGGGUUCAUGUUGCAACCUUGGAUGGCUGCUGCAGCUAUGGCAUUGAGUAGCGUUUCAGUUGUAACUUCAUCACUUAUGCUUAAAACUUACAGGUAA